GAACAGCUGAUUAAACUUGUCAAUUGUCAUUUCAUUAAUUUUUUAGAAAUAAUUGUUUAUUUCUUGGUGUUUGAGAAAAAAUGGGGUGCGAUGGUGGUACAAUUCCUCGUCGGGACGAAUUAGUAAGAGUAAAAAAGAAGCCAGAAGCGAAAGACAAGGAUUCGGAAUUAAUAUUUCAGUGGAGAUAUUGUGCAAUUACUCAACAGUUGCUCCAACUUCCGAUUGUAAUGUGUGGCUUGGGUAAACUUUACAACAAAAUGUCAUUAAUUGAGUCGCUUCUUAAUCGCGAAACAAUGCCACAAAGUGCAUUGCACAURAAGGGCCUUAAAGACAUAAAAGAUUUGAAUUUGACCCRGAAUCCUGCUUUUAAAAAUGUUGACAAAAACCAUGGUGACAGUGACAAGACAGCCCCUUACAUUUGUCCAGUAAUUGGACUUGAAAUGUCUGGGAAAUUCCGAUUUGUGGCUUUGUGGUCAUGUGGAUGUGUCUUCUCAGAACGGGCAUUAAAGGAAAUUGAUACUAAAAACUGCCACAAAUGCCAAAAACCAUUCACAGACGACGAUGUUGUUGUUUUAAACGGCAAUGAGGAGGACCUCGUGGUCAUGAAACAAAGAAUGGAGUUGCGCCAGCAGAAAUUUAAAAAAAAUAGAGAAAAAAACAAGAAAGUUGUCAAAGUGGAAGAAGAAACACCGACACAAGUUGUCGAUGAAACAAAGCCAUCAACAAGUUCAACAAUAGUUUCUAAAAAGGUUGAACUGGAUUCUAAAAAAACUAAAAAAAGUGUACCACCGAUAAACGGCGCUAAACGUCCAGGUUCCAUUAAGGAAAGUACCCACGAUGUGAAAAAAAUGAAACCAUCAUAUAGUGUUGCAAAAGAUCCAAAGGUAUCAGAUGUUUACAAAUCUAUAUUUACGACACAUGAAUCAGAAAAACAACAAAAUAGGGCUCACUGGGUCACAUAUAAUCCCUUUUACAAUUGAAUCACAUAAAAAUGCAUGUUAUUUUAUUGGGAAUAAAAUUACAGAAAUUCUUCUGUA